AUGGCGGCAGGCGGGGCUUUUGCACAAACCCCCUCUGGACAGCUGCGUAAUCUUAGAGCCAGGCUCGGCGGAAACGCCAAGGGGCAGAGACGCUUCUCCUGCCCGGACCCGGUUGCCCGCUGUCGUCGCAACGUCAAGCGUAUAAUUAGCAAGGCGCAGCGCGACGGGGCAACAGCCAACGCCGAGGAAUAG